AAUGAUACUUGUUGUCUAUCGUGUCAUCUAAUAGACACUUUAAAUCUAAUAAUACUUAGAACAAAACAUAUUCCUUAUAAAUUGCGAAAUACAUAAUGAAAAAAUCAUUGGAGACGCUAUAAGUGCAGAUCUUUGGUUGUGAACUACUAACUUCGGCGAGUAGUUUUUCUUGGGAGAGGAGGACAGGCGUUGAUUAACAAAGGUUUUUUUUAAAACAAUAGAUCUAUUUAUAAUAAAUCUUAUCAUCACCGAAUCAUCACUGUUCUCCAUCUACGUUUCCUAACACUUAAAAGAUGGAUGAGGCCACAGCCAUCGUCGUUGGUAAUAAAAUCCACCGACCUCUUUUGGAUGAAACUUUGACUACUGAAGAUUUGCGAGUAGCAAGAGAAGAACUCAAUGAAACCGCUGAGACAAGAGAAGUUGCUUUAAGAGUCCUGAAGAAAAUGCUGGCAGAACAAAAUGAAUUCAUGCCUCGAACUGAUGAUGUCUAUUUGCUUCGUUUCCUUCGAUGCCGGAAAUUUGACUGUGAAAGAGCCUUAAAAACAAUUAGAGAUCAUUAUAAAUUCAGAAAGCAACAUCGUGAUAUCUUCCCUCUUCCUUCGAGCAUUGAGAAAGCUUUGAGAGCACAUAUCUUUAAUUUCUUACCUCACAGGGAUCAGAAAGGAAGAGCCAUUUAUGUUGUCAGGAUGGCUCGAUGGAUACCGGAAGAAACAUCAUAUGCAGACUUUGUAGCAGCUGGAAAUCUUAUAGCUGAGUAUGUACUAGAUAACCCUGUUACACAAAUCAAUGGAUAUAUUGGUAUAUGGGACUUCAAAGGUUUCUCGAUAAGACAUUUCCUGCCUUUCUGUUCUCCAAAACAUAUCAUUCUGCUGACUACCCUAAUGCAGGACCGAUUCCCUGCAAGAUUUAAGAUUGCUUAUUGCGUCAACUGCAGUAGCUUAGUAAACAAAGCAUGGGCAUUAAUAAGUCCAGUAAUGAAGGACAAGUUUCGAAAAAGGAUCAAAAUCUUUGGAACAGACAUGACAGUUUUACAUCAGUUCCUCGAACCUGCCAUUUUACCCACCGAAUAUGGAGGCAUAAUUACAACACCAGAGAACGUUGAAAUGGCUCAAAGAGUACUUGAUCAGGAACAAUAUGUAAAAUUCAACCUGAAAUUUGGAUUCCCUUAGAAAAAAAAAAGCUCACUUAAAAGCGCUGUUAAUAUUGACUUUUACUGUUGUGUGUGUUGAAAGCUUUGUUUUCUGCAUGAACUCUUAGUACUAUGCUUUAGGAAUUGGUUUUAUGCACUGGUCAACGCCUGUGGAAACGGACAUUUUUUGGGACAAACAUUUCAUUUGUGCAACAAACUAUCUUGUUGAAACACCAACUGUAUAAUAUCUUACUUUUAUAUUUCAUAAACGAGACUGAAGUGUUGAACUGCAAGUAAAAGUUGCAUGUUCAUACGCACAAACUGUCUUAUGCCAAAAAAAUUUAUAAUAUAUCAAGAUAGCUUGAAAAGAUUUUAAUUAUUUAUUACAUUUCUUUGCAUUAGAAAUUAUUUUAGAGCACAAAAUUCAACAAAAAUAAUUACAGAUUUAUAAAGUUUCCUGUGACAAAUAAUAAUGAAAUAAUGAAUAAUAAUGAAUGUUAACCUCUGAAAUAAUAAAAAUAAGUCAUUAUGUGCAUAUACUUAUGUUAAUUUAUAUUAAAAUUUUACUCAGUGAAUUUUGUAAGAUCUUAUACAUUCCUUUUCUUUAUGAUUAAAAAAAUGCAUUAACUAUCCAUUAUAUUGCCUUUAAGAUUAUUUAGUAAAGCUUAUAGUUUUCUACAAUUAUUAAUGUUUUGUAAGUAGAAAUUAAAGUUGAUAAAAUUAAAGCAUUAAAAUUUGAAAAAGUAAAAACAUAAAAUGUUUGUAAUUUCGGAUAUUGUAUAAAAACUAUUUAUGUUUAAUUUAAGAAUUUUAGAUUUUAAAAUGCAUUAAGAUGUGCCUAAUAUAAAAAAUACUAAGUAGAGAAAUGAACAGUUAGAAAAACAUUUUACCAAUUAAAAUUUGUUAUCUCUAAAAUAUAAUGCGCUUGCAAAGACAAAGGAAAAUAUAUAGCUUUUUAUACGCAUUAAAUGUCUAUUUAUAAUAUCGUAAUAAUGCUGCAAAUAUGUUUAAACAAUUUUAUUUCUAUUGCGUCAAGGAUAGGUUAAUUUAUAUGAAAAGUAAAGCACAAAUAUAUAUAUUAUUCACAGAUAUUCUUGUAUUUUCAACAAUUAAUUAUUCUCAACAUGGCUUCUGUCUCAUCUUCGCUUUCAUGAGAAUCACCAAGCAAUGACAUUUUCAGCUUUAUCUCUUGUAUAUUAAAAAAUUAUUAUUGUGUAUAAUGAAAUAAAGAAUAAUAUAUAGAAUGUUUUAAUUCAAAACAUGGGUUUUGAAAUGGUGUUCAAUUAGAUACAGUUUCAAUUCUCUGCUUAUGUUAUCUGAUGAAAAUGUUUCCCGCAAUUAAUGUGUUAUGGAAACUUUGCAUAUUGUGAUUUUACUAUAAAUCUUAUACAAACAUUUUAUCCAUUGUGCUAUAGCAUGCAUUUCAUGUUAAUGUAUCUGUGAUUAUUUUUGUCAUUUUAUUUAUAUUUAAUUUGUAAGUUACUUGUCAGAAUAAAUGCUGGCCAUUUUUUUAAGUAAAGUGCAUGUGUUAUCAUUAUACUACAUUC